GAUUCUCGUUACUUUGAUAUAUGCGGAAACAAUAUUUUAAUUUUUUUCGGGAAAGAAUCAAAUAUGUUAUAAAAGUAAAACAUUUCAAACAUAAUAAAAAUUACGUUGAAAUUCCGAGACCCCCAACAAGCACUACCGCCGACGCGCUGCUGUCGUCGUUCCCCUGCCGAGCUAGCUUGACCUUGUCCAUGACAACCGGGAAGUCUUCGUGCAUGCGCCCCUAAGGACUAGCACCAUGUAGCCCCAGCCAUAGCCUUCGUUGAACUCUUGCGUAGAUCUGAAACAAUUGAUAUCAAAUCUUGCUACAUGACGAGAAAUCUUAACCUCACCGCCCCAAGGAGACGGCAGGAGUCUAUGUCGGAGCUCCAUCAACUACGUCCAAACAGACGAACUCGGGGAGGAUCGAAGCCCGGAAAAUAAACUUGAAGAAGAAGCGUCACCAUCCGCCCGAGGGUCGUGCCUGCGAGGACUAAAAAAAACCUAAUUUAAACUACUAUAUAUCCGGAGCGGAUGCGCCAAGAUUCUCCUUCCCGCAACCGGCCAACGGAGUGGUGGGCAGAGGAGAGGCGAACCCACGGGCUCGCCAGUGAAGUGUGGAGUGAAAAUUUUGCCCUAGCCGCCUAGGAUUAGGAUAGGAAACACUAUUUUAAAUCUUUUAUCCGAGAUAAAUGAUAGUUGAAGUAUUACCAUGUUUUAUGUUGUCAAAUAUACACGAUAAAUAAUCAUGUAAUUCUUGACACCUUGGCCAGUGUAGAAGUGCAUGAUCUAGCCAAUGCAACCAAAAGACCGAUCUGAUGGAAGAGACUAUGCAAUACAUUUAUAUGUCAACAUUCUCCCUCACGCCUAAACGUGGACUGAAAGUGGGCUGCAAUUUAAUUGCGCCAGCUGGGUUUUGAACUCAAGAUAUCUUGACUCUGAUACCAUGUAGAAGUACAUGCUCUAGCCAAUGCAAUCAAAAAAAUCGAUCUGAUGAAAGAGACUAGCCAAUACAUUUAUACGUCAACAGCCGGGAAGUGAAGCACCUCCUUUUUUGUAGGAAGAUGAACAACCCUGAAAUGAGUAAUACAGCUAGUGCACAUGCCUUUUCAUUUGAUGUUUAAGUGUUGGAUGCUUCAAAUCUAUGCCAAUAUGCAUUUGUGUAGACGCAUGCAUCAUGCAUUUUAACAAGUAUACAAGCACCUUGGAACUGAUAAAAUACCUAGUUUGUUUCAAUUAUUGUGUCUUGCAGAGUGUAAAUUUUUGCCGUUGUGAAGUAUGCUGUAACAAAAUGGUUAGACCUAAAAACUGCUGCUGCCUUUUUCAAACCUUGAUUAAAGCGAGCGACCAGUGUGGUCUCCACAUAGUGAAACAUAAGUAAAAUAUUAUUUGCUUAAGUGGAUACCUAUGAGUCAUAUCUGACCAAACCUUAUGACAGCGAAGGUUUGAUGAGGUGUCCUGACAGUGAAGGUUUGAUGACGUGCCCCGAUGGACAAGCAGUAGUAUUUAAGCAACCAUCUUUGAAAUUCUAACAAACAAGAGUAAUGGGGAGGACAUCGCCUUAUGUUGUUUCAUUUCUCGUAAGGUUUAUCUAUGGGGUUAUGCAGAUACUCACCAAAGUUGCUUUAAACCAAGGUACAAGUACAUACGUUCUUGUCUUCUACAGGCAUGUAAUAGCUACAAUGGUGUUACUGCCCAUUGCUUUUGCAACUGAAAGGAAAACCGCCCCACAACUGUCACACAAAGUCUGUCUGAAGCUAUUUGUGCAUGCAUUAUAUGGGGUGUCUGCUUCUCUAAACAUAGCAUCUGUUGGCCUCAAUUAUGCUUCAGCAACUUCCGCUACUGCAGUACAAAAUCUCCAACCAGUGUUAACUUUCUUUUUGGCUCUUCUGUUGGGAAUGGAGUCAUUGAAACUAAAGAGCUUUCAUGGGAUUGUGAAAGUUUCUGGUAUAGUGCUUUGUGCCGUUGGUGUUGCCGUACUAGCGCUAUACCAAGGACCUGAGCUCAAAUCCAUCAUCCACCACCCUCUUUUUCAUCACACAAGGCGAGUUGAUAUUCAUGCCUCAAGGAGCUGGAUAUUGGGAAUUCUCCUGCAGUCUCUUGCGACUCUACUGUUUGCUCUUUGGACAGUGUUUCAGGGCCCUUUGCUGGGGGAGUACCCGUCCAUGCUGCUUAACACGACCCUGCAAAUUGUCUUUGCGACCGUUCAAUCUUUUUUCAUGGCUCUUGUGAUGGAGCGAGAUUUUUCAAGAUGGAAGCUGAGGCUGGAUGUAGGUCUUGUCGCAAUCAUCUAUUGUGGAGUAGUUGUUUCCGCAUUUUCAGGUUACCUGCUGAUCUGGGUGAUUGACAAGUCCGGCCCGGUAUUCCUGGCCAUGACAGUGCCCCUAACUUUUGUUAUCACCAUCGUUCUGUCACUCCUCAUCGGAGAAGCAGUCACCCUUGGAAGUGUAAUAAGUGGCGCGCUGAUGGUUGGUGGCCUGUACAAUGUUCUAUGGGGGAAGAGGAUAGAGCAAGUAGCUCUCAGCAAGCAAGGAGGCAUUGAAGCAAAUGCAGCAAGCUUUGAUUUGGAGGAACAAGAAAGCGGCGCACCAGUUCCAUUAACGCGAGAUUCGGUCAAGCGGUGCGAAGGAGAAGACUGACAUGUGGUGCGAAGGAGAAGACUGACAUGUGGCAAGCUUUGAAACUCUGAGCAGCAAGCUUUAUUAUUUGGUGGUUGCCUCAAGCAAUCCCCAUUAGGCAGCUUUAGGAUCAUUUGACUCGGAGAUUGUGGGGAGUGGUAGAGCAAUGGGUUCUCUUCCUAUCUUGUUCUAGUGCAUACAUAGGCAGAGAUCAUGAACUUAAGCUAAUGCCCGCUUCGUAUUCAUAACUCAGAUAAUUAAGUCCUACCUUAAGUUUCACGGGUUAGUCAAAUUUGUUCUAGCAUGUCGCUUUAGCGGGCCUUAGCGGAAUGUCGCUCUGAUCCUUAUCUGUAACCACCACAAUCCAUGCUUCGACUGUGAGCAACUGUAAUAUUUUUCUUUACUAGUACUAAAUUUUACAGAUGUUGUUUUAGAUUCUGACUUUCUGCCAUCUUGCACAAGUUUACGCAUCCAACGAACUACAAAAAAAAGGCAACUGUAACCCUUUCCUUUCCUAAUACCCUUGUUUAAGGAUUUUUAAACUCCUCAUAAUUGACAUUGAUUGACUGUUGAGAAGAGUCAUCCCAUGGAACUGAAGUUGGCAUUUGUCUCUAAACCAGAACAAUAUAGUUUACUAUCAAAAUAGCUACCAUAAUUUCACAUAUGUCGCUGGAUCCUUUCUUCUUUAAUUUUUGCCUUUACUAUUCUCAAUUUACUUCCGAAAUGAGUGUAAAUUAUGCUUUGCGUAUACUUCGUUUGCCCACAUAGUAUAUUUUUGUUUUAUCUUACCAUACAACCCGCCUUCAGUUAGGGCUCCAUAUAAACAUGAAACAAAAAUGACGAAAUAUUUACUGCCAUCAAUAGCCUCAAUGAAACACCAAAACAACAGUCAUGUUGUAUAGAAGGUAUACAUGAAAAAGGGCAUACCUUAAAGAGUCAUCAGCCUGUCGGGAGUUAUCUACCAGACCCAUAGUGUAGUUGCUUGGCAAACUAACACGGCAGAAGGAGAUACUUAUGAUUCAAGGGGCUCUCUGCUGCAGUCUCGAAAAACAAUGUCAGAGCAGGAAGGACACCAACAAAAAUGUAAGUCAUGGGAGUUGAUUAAGAGCCAGGUGUUGUUUCUGACAGAUAGUUGUAAGAUGGGUCCCUGGAAAUGCAAAGUAACAUGAAGCACUUGUACGUAGAUGCAUAAGUAUGACAUAAUAAAUUCUAUUGUUUUCAAUAGUAAAUUUUCGGAGUGAGAUAGUACUCAAGAAAAAGGGAAUUGGAUCAAUAUUUGGCAUCCCUGACAUGCUCAAAAGGCCAGACCAAUACUGUUUGAUAAUAAAAUUCAACGGAAACUAUUUUAUGAAGCAAAAAAUAUAGAUGUGUGAGCAAUCAAACAUAGUACCAUGAGGUUACUAUUCUCAAGAAGGUGUAUAGCUAUAGCUGAAAGCCCUUAAUAAACUCAAAAGAGAAAUGUGAGAUGGAACUGUUAGACCCAGUAUAGAAGUUGACACAUUUUGUGAGAUCAUUUAUUAGAUAUACUCCUGAAUUAAUGGCAUAUAGCAUUUUCAUGUCAGAAAAUUAUACAGUGGAAGGGGUCACCCCCUCCAUUACUUUGUGUAUAAUAUAGAUUUCCUCCUAGAACGUAUAAAUAAUAUGAAAUGUCUCUUGACAUCCUGUUAUAAAAUGAGAAGACUAAUUGAGGCUCAAUUUAGGCAACAAUUGAGUCGCGUGCUAUCAUAAUAGAACAAUCAUAAGGAUGGAAGGUGCCUUUUGUACUCUCUUUGAGGUGCAUUGAGUUAGAUCAAGAUUUACUGUAGUAUCCAUAACUAAGCAGAGUAAGAGUGCACUAAACUUUUUGCACAUGAAAAAAGGACGAAAAUAUUUAUAAGUUCAAGAUAUGAAAGAGAAUGAAAUCUGGGGAAAAAUCAUCUGAGUGAAAUUGAUAAGGUUACCAAACUAUAUUGCAUAGAAACAUAAACUUUUAAAAGGCACACCAUUAAUGUAGUUCUUAUAUUUAAAAUAUGCCUGUAAGUUCAUAUAGAGCUAUAAUCUGCCAUCUUGAUAGCACAUAGGAACCCCUCUAGAAGAAUAUUGUCAGGCAGGAAGUCCUACAAAAGAAACCAGAUGCCAGUUUAGAGAAUAUUUCCCAAAGUCAGAUCUAAUACAUGUUCACGCAAUUCAUACUCAGAGCAAUUCUUACAACAAAUGUUUUAUCUUGCGCGGCAUUUUAUGACACAACUGACGAGUGCCACUCUGUUUCAUCAGCCAAAGCUACCAUUAUAUUCUCAAUCUUUCAACAGGUAAAAAGAAAUGGUGGGAUU